CAUGAAGACGUUGAGUGAAAAUUGGUGGAAAAACCAUGCCGCAGGGGGACAUAAUCAGUUCAUACAGACUAGCCGGAGCGUUUGGAUGUGCUAAAUUUCAGUCGUUCGGAAAAUUCGUUGGCCUUAGAUUUUCUGAAAGUGUGAAAGUGGCGUCCGUAGAAUCUAUGAUUGUCGAUGUCCUGUUUACAAUUUUCUGAUCAUCACCGUUGAAGAUGUUUAAUUGAAAUUUGUUGUGACGCACUUUUACCUUUGAAUACUCUUGUCUGGCUUCGACUUCCUCUUCAAAGUCCAUAAGUUCCGUUGAGUUUGAAGAAAUUUAGUGAACCCUCAUCCAGUCAUUGUCUUAGUGGUGUUGAGGAAUUUUCAAGGAGUGCAUUGAGAUCCUUUGUCAGGAGGUGUCUGGCAUCUUAACAAUUUUCGUAAUUAAGUGAACGGGCAAGUUUUGAGAUAUUUCAGAUACGCGUUCGGUGAAAGUUUUCGAGCGGUAUUGUUUCUGGUUGGUGUCUUUCACGUGGUUUGUUGUCUAUUCUGCUGUUGUCCGACGGUUCAUUAAUUCUGACGGGAAAAGUGCUAUUGAAGGAAAAUCAUAAAUUCAUAAGUUCUUUGUUUGCUUGUGGUUGAAAAGAAUUUUUGCAUAAUUUCUGUUUUCGGUGUCUUAUUAUGUGCGUUGGUUUGUUUUGAGAGAAAAUUAACUUUCCAGUUAACAUCUUGGAGGAGUUAAAGGCCUUAACGCUGUUGCCUUGUGCUCCAAAUUACACCCCCAACAUUCAUCCUGCAUUCGUGUCCUUCGACCGGGAAUCUACUCCAUAUAAUCGGGCAUUCAUUCCAAGUCAGAUUUCUCUUCCGCCUUUCAAAAUUGGUGAGCUAAAGGAGCCGUGGUGCUCCCUAGCUACCGUUCAGCCACGACCAGGACAUUUGUUUUCGACCAACGUCAAGAUGAAGAUGUCAAAGCUAUCGAACCAGACCAAUUCGCAGGAUCCGCAAGCUGUGAACUCGCGAAUUUUCGUUGGUAAUCUGAAUACGUUCCAGUGCUCGAAAACGGAUGUGGAGAGAAUGUUUCAACGAUAUGGACGACUAGCAGGAAUUUCCAUGCACAAGGGGUAUGCCUUCGUACAAUUCACAAAUCCUUUCGACGCCCGCAAUGCAUGCCACGGAGAAGACGGAAGAACUGUACUUAGCCAAGUCCUGGAUGUCAACAUGGUUGCGGAGCCCAAACCACAUCAAAUUGGACGAAAACGACAGAACGUUACAAAAACAGGAAAUGACUGGGAUUAUUACUAUGAUAGUUACUGUGCAUCGGCAUUAUUCCCAACAACAGGACCAAGGCCUAUGAAACGCCAAAGAUUAAUGGCGCCACAGAAUCGAGGAGUUGUCGGGAAUCCUGUCCAACAGCAGCAACAACAGCAACAAAAACAUCAAGCAGCAGCUGCAGCCAUGGCAGCUAUGGCGGCCUCAGCGGCAGCUCAAGCCGUUCAGGUUAAUAUGCUGCCGCAGCAGCAAAUAGUCCUUCAUCAGCAGAGUCUUCUAGCAAACGGGUCUAGUGUUAACAACAUCGUGGCAUCUUGUAAUGGUAAUGCAGGCACAACAGUGCAUAAUUUGUCGAAUAGUUUGCUGAACGGAGCCGGUCAUCCAACUGGAAUUCUAGUUCAGCCGACAACAGCAUCAUCAAAUAAUAACCACUCGGGUUUAACAAAUUGCGAACAAAUGCCUUCAGUGUGUAACAAUGGUCAGCAUCCGCAUCUCCACCAUCUUCAGCAGCAACAUCAUCAGCACCAGCAGCCACAUCAACAGCAACACCUCAGUCACCAUCAGCUUCUGGGACCCUUCAAAGUAUACAGUAAUCCUGACACAUUAAUUUGCGGAAACUGCAGAGAAUGCUUCUCGGAUCUCGGUGAAUUAUUGGACCACAAAAGAAAUUAUUGCAAAUUAAGGUUUACAUGCAAGUGCCAGGAUACUCUCUCGUCUGCAAAGACACCAUCGCCCACAACAAAACUUUUAUGCGCUGUAUGUAAGGACUCCUUUUCAAAUCCUUGGGACCUGAUGGUUCAUGCACAAGCUGCCCACAUGGUUAACAUCUACGAACUAGGAAGCGAGGAGAAUGGCACUGAACCGAAGGAACAGAAUCACGCUGAAAAUGGAGUCGUGAACGGAAGUGUUAACGGAAGUAUGAGUAGUAUUAGCAAUGGGGAUGCAGAGCCUGCAGCUGAACUAAAUAGUGAAAUCGGAAGUCCAGCUGGAUCAAUUGCAAAAGAGGAGACUCAUUCUGAUGAGGCGUCGCUAGAUGGAAGGAUAUCGACUUCAUCGCCGGCCCCACAGUCCGAGGACAUGAAGCUGAACGGAUCAAUCUCAUCAAGAGACAGUUCACCUGCCCUCGAGGGCGAGUCACCGCGAGCGUGUAUUGUACGAGCAAUGAGUAUCGACGCAUCAUCCCCCAAUCCACCACCCGGUGCGCUUGGAAUGGUGGCCACCACUAUUGCGAUCAGCUUGGGAAACGGCCCGACAUCGAGUGCGGCGGCAGUACCGACUCAAUAGAGUUCCAGGACUAGAGUAGAUUGUACUAUAGGAACGAAGCUGUAAUGGGCUAUCACCUGAUAAGCGGUUUUAUGUGUAUUUAAUGAAGUGUUAUCAGUAAUGUAACCGAUGCAAUUAGUGUGUGGAUUUUAAAGAGUAUAAUGGUGGCAGUGGAAUCGAAAAAGGAUCAUACUGGGAUGGGGUCUUUUGCAUAACAUUCUACUGGGGCUGGUUGUUGGAAACCCGUGGAUAUAUCAAGAUGGUUAUGUGAAUGGGAGCAAAUUAAAAAAUUAUCAGUUAAUUCGUGGCUACUAUUGGAAAGUGUGGAAAGUGGACAGUACAAUUCCGAUUUCUCCUGAGGUUAGUACAGCGUUUACCCUACUUAACCCAAUAUAGCUGAUACCACGCGUUUUGAUUGAAGUUUCAGAAAUUCUUUGGAAUAUUAACUUAAUGACUAUUUGCUUCUACUAUUUUUUCAAGAAAAUGGAAACUUGAAUAUGGUCGGAGGCCCAUCCCCGACUUUU